GUCAAUAACAUAGAAAUUCUGCGUAAUAUUUCAGUGUCUUUUCAUUCAAGUGGUAUGAUGAUAAAUAAGAAUUGUGUAUUAUAAUUUAUUAAUAAUAUUUAAUUGAAUGCUGAAUCAGCAACAACUGAUCAGUUAGUCAUUAUACUCGACAUGCUGCUUUCAAGAGCUUGGUUAUGUUGUUUUUUGUCGUGCAUCUGCCUGCUGGAAGCCCACGGACAAGAAGAUGAACAUUUUAACCAAAUGCAGGGCAAUGGUGUUAAUGAUGCAACAGGAAAUAUGAUUAGUUCGACGGAAACGACAACUGAAGUAAAUGAAGAUGAUAUGAAGAGACAAGAAGAUUCCUUUGAAAAUCUUGUUAAUAAUAAUAAUGCAAUAGAUAAUAUUAAUAGUUCGACGAAAUCGAAAGCAGAAGUUACAACUGAAGAUAAUAUGAAGAGACAAGAUAAUAAUAAUAUUACGACGCCAUUACAAUUAUAUAAAGAAGCCUUGAAAGGGGAAAUCUUCAAUAUAACACACAAAUAUAUCAAUAUUUCAAUUAGCAAGAAAGUCAAUACAAAAAUCGACGAAACUUUUGAGCUAAUCGAAAGAACUUUGUUGGCUCAAGCGAAAACAACAACACCUGCAACAACUACAACUACAACAACAACUCCAAGACCAAUACCUAAAUGUGGUGAAAAUAUGACAAUUCGGAGCGUCAAGCGUUGGAAUUGCAUAACUCAAUCAAAACAGGAAGAGAAAUAUAUCAUAAAUCUAAAUGAAGAAGAAGACAACAAGUUACAUUAUCUGGAGAUCUGCUGUAGCGAUUCGGACAUUCGAAAUGUAACACUUCCGAGCCAUUCAGUCGAAAAAGAUCCGCGUUGCGGCUUAACUAACCCAAAAGGCGUCUACUUCACCAUCGAGGGCAACGUUCGGGGUGAGGCGAACUUUGGAGAAUAUCCCUGGAUAGUGGGCAUAUUCACCAAUUUGAGUAAGUAUCGUGUUGGUGGCUCACUAAUUGCUCCACGAGUGGUGCUGAGCACCGCCAACUUGUUGAACAAUGUCGAAGGCUUUAAGGUCAGAGCUGGUGAAUGGGAUAUGGCAACGGAGAAUGAGAUACUGCCGUAUCAGGAGCGCUCGGCAGCAAUCGUACCCAAUCCGAACUACUCUUUGGAGGCAUUCAUUAAUAAUAUCGCUCUGCUUAUACUGAAUGCCACCUUCAGUCCUGUGGUACACAUCAGGCCCAUCUGUUUGCCCGAAGGCGGAAUCUUUGAUUACAAGAAUUGCAUUGUCGCCGGCUGGAAUCGAUAUUCAAGUAAUGGACGUUCGAUUGUGGCCAGCAUGAGAUUUAGUGUGACCAAAUGCGCCGAUGGCACACACGAUAGUUUCCUAUGCGUGACGGGUAACUCGCGCCAUCUCAAAUACUCAAUCGGUUCGGCGCUGGCUUGUCCCAAAGUAAAUGAGAGUCCCAAUCGUUUCUAUCAAAUAGGCACCUGGAGCCAUGGACGGACAACCGAUAGCAAGUUUACCAAUGUGGAGAAAUUUUCGGCUUGGAUUCAUAAUGAAAUUGAUAAAGUCAAUUAAAUUGCUUCAAAAUAUGUU